AUGGAAGAGGGAGAAAGCAGCCCCUUGCUGUCUCAGGGUCCUGCUGGCCAAGAGCGGGCACCCACCAGGAGCAAUGCACCUACUUCCAACAUCCUAGGCCCAGAACUCUGGAAGGAUCAGGUAGGGGCCUGGGGCUGCAGAUGCUGUCCUGGGGCAAAGCACCAGGCCUGGAAGGAAGGCCAGGCCUCCUCUCUCCCACUCUCCACAGGAAGUAACUGUGCCAAGUAUCUGACUUUCCUCUCUAACUUCUUCUUCUCCCUGCUGGCCCUGGUGGCCCUGGCAGCAGGGCUCUGGGGGCUGGCUGUCAAAAGGUCUCCAGAGUACAGCUGGGGUGGAGCCCUGCCGGCGGACCCCAUGCUGGUGCUGGUGCUGGGAGGCCUAGUGGUCAGUGUGGUGAGCCUGUCCGGAUGUCUGGGGGCCCUCUGUGAGAACGGCUGCCUACUACGCUUCUACUGUGGAGCUGUCCUCAGCUGCCUGGCACUGGAGGCCCUGGCAGGGACGCUGGUGGUGGUCCUCUGGGGCCCACUGCAGGAGGGCCUGAAGUAUGCCCUGCAUGCGGCCAUCAUCCACUACCGCGAUGACCCAGACCUGGGCUUCCUCCUUGACCAAGUCCAGCUGGGGCUGCAGUGCUGUGGGGCGGUUUCCUACCAGGACUGGCAACAGAACCUGUAUUUUAACUGCAGUUCUCCAGGGGUGCAAGCCUGCAGCCUUCCUGCCUCCUGCUGCAUCAACCCCCAGGAAGGGGGAGCUUUGGUGAACACUCAGUGCGGCUUUGGGGUUUUGCACCUGGACCAGAAUGCAGCUGGACAAGUGGUGCACCUGCAGGGCUGCUGGCCUGUGCUGCAGCGGUGGCUGCGAGGGAACAUGCAGACCGCAGGCGGCUGUGCCAUCGUUGUUGUCCUGAUCCAAGGGGCUGAACUCCUGUUGGCUGCCUGCCUGCUAAGGGCCAUAGCUGUACCAAAGACAGCAGAGGACACAGAACCCAGACCUCUGUGA